AUGAUGAUGACGUGCCGUCUGCUGUGCGCCCUGUUGGUGCUUGCCCUCUGCUGGUGCCCGUCCGUGUGCGCGGCAGCCACUCAGCCUGAAGUUGAUGUUCAAGUUUCUUCCAGUACGACAACGGCGACUACAUCACAGCCACCACUCUCCGAGGAGAAGUCCACACCCAAACAUACUGUGGGUGCCGUUCCACUGCCUUCAACAUCAGAUCCAUCACAGGGGACCGCUGGCCAGCCAGGGUCGCCAGGUACGGGUUCCGUUCCGGAUCAGGGAAACGUUGGCGGACCGGGACCAGGUGUGACCGCUGGGGAACCGCAAUCAAAUGAGGUGUCCAAUAAUUUACAGGCAGAAGGCAAGGACGGUAUGACAGGAAGACAAAAUGGCACUAAUACAUCCGCAGACCAAACAGUUUUGAACGACGAUGAUUCUCCUCAGACUACGACAACGACGACUACGACAAAGGCACCAACAACCACAACCACCACUGCGCCAGAGGCACCAAGCACUACGACGACAGAGGCGCCAACUACGACGACGACCACCCGCGCACCGUCACGUCUUCGCGAAAUCGACGGCAGCCUCAGCAGCUCUGCGUGGGUGUGUGCCCCGCUGGUGCUCGCCGCAUCCGCGCUGGCGUACACCGCUCUGGGCUGA